AUGGCUGCUGGACGCACCAACGUCUUCUUCGUGCCCUACAGGCCUAACUCAAAGUCCAAAAAACCGUCCUCGGGUGAACCUGCCAUCUCACAGCAGAAACAUGCUGCUCGCGAGUACCAUCGAAAGGCCAAGCUGGAACGACUCGCUAAGCUAAACGCCAUACAUAACCGCGAUGCACGCAGUGCCAGUGAAAGUCCUCCACCUGGUAUCUCUUCUCGGCCGCCCCUGCUUCGAAACAAGACCUUCCCGGAAGAUGAGAUUCGUAACAGGACAUUUGCUGUGUUUGAUGUUGGCACUGGAGUGUUGGAUCCCUUCAAUGCCUGCGUCCCCAGUGGUGUACCUUCAUAUGCUCUCGACAUUUUAGACUAUGGUAAGUUUGUGGCGUCAUGGCCCUUCUCAGAUCAAACACAUCCUCUCAGACAUCUCGUUCUGAAGACCUUGAAGACAAAACUCCUCAUUAUAUUUUCAGGUCGUUCGAAUCUUGAAGCCGGCAUCUCCCUCUGUCUUGCACACUACCCCGUUGCACCGGGAGCCGCAGCCUCCUCACUCAUCCGACCGACAGCCGCUUCGAGGCAAUGGACAAUAGCCAGCUCCUCCAACAGCGUCCUUUCAGAGGGGACUAUCAAAAUUGCCCUGUUAGCAUGUGCGAUGCAAUCUCGUGCCGCAUUCUGGUCCAUUAUUUUUGCAGGCGCAACACAUAAUGCCUAUCUUCAGGGCGAAACAGGUACCCUGAGUCGCAAUCGUACCUUACGGUUGUCGUACAAGACUCAAGCCAUCAGAGAGCUAAAUGUGGAGAUCCAAGAGCUUCAAGGCCCAGCUUCUGACGAGCUCCUACUUGCCAUCAUCACACUAGCCGCCCAUGGAUCUGGGGAGCAAUUAGAACCCCCUCCGCAAGGAGAGAAUCUGAGCGCGUUACAAUCGGUGCAGAGCUUUCAGUACUACGGUCGCAUGCAGAGCGAAGCGGCACAUCUGAAGGCUAUCUGCCAUUUGGUAUAUCAGAAGGGAGGCCUGCAUACCGUGAAAAUGCCCGGACUGGCGAACGCCCUUGCGUUGGCCGAUAUCUUCUAUGCAUUCCAAGAUAUGCGCGUGCCUGCAUUUCCGCUACUGGCGCCAACAAGCGUGAUCAUGUCGACAUGGCCUGCAAGUUCCACGCGUCUAACUCCAUCCCUCCAGAACUUGGCAAGUGGUUUCCAAGAUCUGGAGGAUGUGGCUGGCUUUGCACCGUUGAUGCAGAUCGUCAACAACGCCCGUCUGAUCACCAUUGGAUUUGAUGCUUACCUAUCCGGCCUCUCCUCGGCGCCGUCUCUCAACCAGAUAGUCUGGGCCAGAAACUUCAUGACGCACGACCUACUCUCGGCCCCCUCAGAGCUCCUAGUUCCAUACUCUCGCACCGGUUCAUCCUCACCACAGGAUAACGAUAGCUCAAGUAUCAUGGUUCACAGCUCUCCACUGCAAUCACUACACAACCUCGUUCGGCUAUCGACCAUGGCAUAUACACUUGUAGUGCUCUUUCCUGUACCGAGCGUUGCAGGUAUUCAUGGUAAACUGACACGAGAACUAAUGCUUGCACUAGACAACUGCACUGUACUGGAACUUUGGACGACGCAUUCGAGGUUGUUGCUUUGGAGUACAGUCCUCGGAGGGGUCAUUGCACAAAACACCAGUCUUCGGCCAUGGUUUACCGAGAUGAUCAGACAAGCCCGGACCAAAAUCCCCCGUCUAGCGCUCUUAGACGCGAAGAGCAGAAGUAGAAGCAAGAGCAGACACUCGAGUCACAGUGUGAGUUCUGUUAGUGACGACGACGGAAUGGAUGGGGAGUCGGACGCGCUGUGGCCAGUGGUGAAGGACAUUUGUUUUCGGUUUCUCUGGUUCGACGGUCCUGAAUGUGACGGUCAAGGUCGAGUGUUUUGGGGCGAAGCGUGCGACGACACGAGCAAGCUAGCCUAG